UUUUAAACCCUCGCACUGCUCUCUCUCUUUCUCUCACUCCUCAGUCUUAUCGUAAACCCGCCACCAAAUGUCGUCGUUCGCCGCCCCGACUCACCUCCUCCCCCUCACCUCCUCCACCGCAUCCCGCCGAUCUAAGUUCUCCACCACCACCACCGCCGUUGCCUCACGCCUCCCCUCCCCCAAUUCGAUUAUUCAAUGCAAUCUCCCAUCUCUCGCCUCCUCGCAAAACCCUAAACCCUCGAAAUCUCCGCAUUCAUUUCUCAAUUCCGUUAUCUCAUCCAAAUCUAUCGCUCUCUCCGCCGCGUCCUGCAUUCUCUUCCACAUUGCCAGCCCUGUCUUAUCCGGCAACGAUUCUAUCUUCAACUUCAGCGGCGGAGGAGCUGGCGGUAACGGUGGUGGAGGUGGAGGCGGAGGUGGAGGCGGCGGAGGAAGCAGCGGGGGGCCAGGUGGUAAUUUCUGGCGCUUUUUCUCACCUGCUGCUGUCGCGAAAGACGAUGAUCCCCAGCAAGAAUGGGAUUCCCAUGGAUUGCCUGCCAGCAUUGUGGUUCAACUGAACAAGCUCAGUGGCUUCAAGAAAUACAAAGUCUCUGACAUUUUGUUUUUUGACCGUAGGCGCGGCUCAACCGUUGGCACCGAAGAUUCAUUCUUUGAAAUGGUUUCUCUCCGUCCAGGGGGCGUUUACACAAAAGCGCAGCUCCAGAAGGAGCUUGAAACCCUUGCAACGUGCGGAAUGUUUGAGAAAGUCGAUUUGGAGACAAAAACAAAUCCUGAUGGCACCAUUAACAUAACAAUCCCCUUCCUUGAGUCCACGUGGCAAUCUGCUGAUAAAUUUAGGUGCAUUAAUGUGGGACUUAUGCAGCAGACCAAGCCGAUUGAAAUGGAUCCUGAUAUGACGGAGAAGGAGAGAUUGGAGUUCUACAGGAGUCAGGAGAAGGAUUAUAGGAGGAGAAUUGAUAGGUCAAGGCCAUGUUUGCUGCCACCGCCUGUGCAAAGGGAAAUAUUGCAGAUGUUGAGGGACCAAGGCAAGGUGAGCGCGAGAUUGUUGCAGAGGAUUAGGGAUAGGGUGCAGCAGUGGUAUCAUGAGAAUGGAUAUGCGUGUGCACAAGUUGUGAAUUUUGGGAAUUUGAAUACAAAAGAGGUUGUUUGUGAAGUGGUGGAGGGUGAUAUUACACAGCUCGUGAUUCAGUUCCAGGACAAGCUUGGAAAUGUCUGCGAGGGGAAUACUCAGUUCCCUGUCAUAAAGAGAGAAUUACCGAAGUUGCUCCGUCAAGGGCAAGUUUUUAAUAUUGAGGCUGGGAAGCAAGCGCUGCGAAAUAUAAAUUCACUGUCCCUUUUCUCCAACAUCGAGGUAAAUCCACGUCCAGAUGAGAAGAAUGAGGGGGGAAUUAUCGUCGAAAUUAAGCUCAAGGAACUUGAACAGAAGUCUGCUGAAGUUAGUUCUGAAUGGAGUAUUGUUCCAGGUCGUGCGGGGCGUCCUACACUGGCUACAAUUCAACCAGGAGGAACUGUUUCUUUUGAGCACCGAAAUAUUAACGGUUUGAAUAGGUCACUUCUUGGUUCAGUGACCACCAGCAACUUUCUCAAUCCCCAGGAUGAUCUUGCUUUCAAGCUAGAGUAUGUCCAUCCCUACGUAGAUGGUGUAUACAAUCCUCGCAACCGUACCUUCCGCGCUAGCUGCUUCAAUAGUAGAAAGCUGAGCCCGGUCUUCACUGGGGGACCUGGAAUAGAAGAAGUUCCUCCUAUAUGGGUUGACAGAGCUGGAAUGAAAGCCAAUUUUACAGAGAACUUCACACGUCAAAGCAAAUUUACCUAUGGACUUGUGAUGGAGGAGAUAACAACGCGUGAUGAAAGCAGUCACAUUUCUGCAAAUGGUCAAAGGGUGUUGCCCAGUGGUGGAGUGAGUGCGGAUGGACCUCCCACAACGCUAAGUGGCACUGGAGUUGACCGAAUGGCAUUUCUGCAGGCAAAUAUCACUCGUGACAACACCAAAUUUUUAAAUGGGGCUAUAGUUGGUGACAGAAAUGUGUUCCAGGUUGACCAAGGACUUGGAAUCGGUAGCAAGUUUCCAUUCUUCAACCGUCACCAAUUAACAGUAACACGAUUUCUCCAGUUGAAUGACGUAGAGGAAGGUGCUGGGAAGCCACCACCUCCUGUUCUAGUCCUCCAUGGCCAUUAUGGUGGUUGUGUUGGAGAUCUUCCCAGUUAUGAUGCAUUUACUCUGGGCGGACCUUAUUCCGUUCGUGGUUAUAAUAUGGGAGAGUUGGGAGCUGCAAGAAACAUACUCGAGCUGGCUGCUGAGCUUCGAAUACCGAUCAAAAACACACACGCUUAUGUGUUUGCAGAGCAUGGGAAUGAUCUUGGGAGUUCAAAAGAUGUUAAAGGAAACCCGACAGAGGUGUAUAGGAGAAUGGGCCAAGGAUCCUCAUAUGGUGUUGGUAUGAAGUUAGGAUUAGUUCGAGCAGAGUAUGCUGUUGACCACAACUCGGGAACUGGUUCGGUAUUCUUCCGUUUCGGAGAGAGAUUCUAAGAGCUGCUGCCAUAAUAUAUUCUCUUGGACUUUGAUCGGGAAUUUUUUUUUUUUUUUUUGAGUUGAGAUCUCGCUCUAUUUCUUUCUUUUCUGUUUCGUUAUCCCUUUUGAAAUGCUUAUUUAUUUUGUUCUUAGAUUAUUUUUCAUUAACUGAAAUGUCUAGUGUUGAAUCGAGGUUUGCAUUCUUGAUUCUUUGUUUUUCGAAAUAACUUAUUAUGUACAACUAGUGCUAUGUUCCACACUUUUUUUGUGUUUUGUUCUUCUAUGUAAUUUAAUAUGUAUAACUCGUGUUCGAGCUUCA